UCACGCGGCGCGGAGCAGUCCUCGCGCUGGUGCUGAAACAAGAUGGCUGUGCGCGCGAGAGGAGCGGAGGAGAGCUGAGGGAUGCAGAGACAGCGAGAAAGACAGCAAAGUGAGGGGAGCCUUUCAACAGCAAAAUAAAUAGCCAUAUCCGUGAAGAACGCACGGAUUCCCUUGUAAUUAUGUCUUCGAAUCGAUUUUAUGUCCACUAUGGCGAUAUUUAGCUUAUGUUUAGACGUACGUCUGUAGCCUACACCGGGAGGUAACUGAGGAGUAGCCAAGCGAAGCAGUGAAGACCCAGCCGGCCGGUAGAGGACAGCCGGGGACGCUCAGCGCUGCUGUCAGAGAUGUCCCUGCUCUGUGUCGGAGUGAAGAAAGCCAAGCUGGAUGGAGCCCAAGAGAAGUUCAACACGUAUGUGACCCUGAAGGUGCAAAAUGUGAAGAGCACAACCAUCGCUGUCCGGGGAAGCCUGCCCAGCUGGGAGCAGGACUUCAUGUUUGAGAUUAACAGGCUGGACCUGGGGCUGACGGUGGAGAUGUGGAAUAAAGGGUUAAUAUGGGACACCAUGGUUGGCACGGUGUGGAUCCCCCUGCACAGCAUCCGCCAAUCAAACGAGGAGGGUCCGGGGAAGUGGCUAACCCUGGACUCCCAGGUUAUCAUGGCGGACAACGAUAUCUGUGGAACCAAAGACCCCACUUUACAUCAGGUGCUGCUGGACACACGCUUUGAACUGCCUCUGGAUAUCCCUGAGGAAGAGGCACGCUAUUGGGCCAAAAAACUGGAGCAACUCAAUGCCAUGAGAGACCAGGAUAUAACUAACCAGGACUCGUACCAGGAAGACCCGGAGAGACCACUUCCUGUCCCAGGGACACAGUGCUGUAACUGGAGUCUGUGGGGAGACCAACAAAAUGAGGACCCAGACAGUGCUGUGGAUGACAGAGACAGUGACUACCGCAGUGAGACCAGUAACAGCAUCCCUCCCCCCUACUAUACCACGUCUCAGCCCAACGCCUCCGUCCACCAGUACCCCAUCAGAGACCAGCAGCACCGCCAGGGGACCCGCCCCUCCUCCUACCCCCCUUCCAACAGCUGUGGCCCCCUCGACUACCACCAGAGGGCCAUCAGCCCUACGGGGAGCUAUGCGUCGUCGGCAGAGUUGAGUCGCUGCAGCAGCCAGCUGAGUGAGGAGGAGUACGGCCCGGAGUACAGAGAGAGGGAUCCUUACGAUGAGAAUGACUCCUACCACUCCUGUCACUCCUCUGUCACCUACAGCAAGGGAUCUCCCGACUGGGACCCUGACGAAAACCAGGGGGGGUACAGCGAUGAGGGGGGCUACAGUAAGGACGGGGGGGAGGAAGGGGCCCUCUAUGAGGAGGAUGACGGGGGCCUGUAUGAGGAAGAGGGGACAUAUGAAGGAGAGGAGGGUGAGAUAUAUGACGAUGAGGAUUACCUUCUGGACGGGACCCUCAGUGAGGAUAUGGAGGUCCCCUACACCCCCACCCCCACCAGCACGGCACCCCCCACACUCCACGUCCCCGGUGCUUCUAGACCCCCCCUGGAAAAACAGCCUUCUCUGCAUCAACAUCAGGCGCCACCCGGCCAGCUGCCCAGCCAAGCCCCAAAUCAAGCCCACCCUCCGGCCAUGGCUCCAGGAGGACAGCCCCUGGGUCAGCCACCCACCCAGGCCCCUCAACCACAGUCUCAGCCCCAGCCAGUCCCCGGCCCAGCACCAGCCCAGUCCUUCUUCUCCAUGGCAAAGCCCUUCUCAGCAGCAGUAACAGGCCUGGCCUCAUCUUUUCUGUCUUCUGGACUCCCCACUGCCCAACCUGCCCAGGCUCACCCCCCAGGCUCACAACCCCAGCCCCAGUCUGCCUCCACCAUUCCCCCGUCUCACCCAGCCACCGGCGCCCCUUCCCCUCAGGGUACCCAGUCCACAACCACUGGCCCUCCCUCCCAGCCAACCCCCUCCACUGCCCCCCCCUCUCAGGCCCAGCCCCCUGCCCAAACAACCCCCCAAUCAGAGGGCCCCGAUUCCAAACCCCCCGUGCCGGAGGACCAACGCCUUCUAGAGGAAGACGAACCCCUUCCACCCGAGGUUAGGAUCCCCACCCCCAUAGAGGAGGAACCCCCCAUGGAAGACGAGGAGCUGAGGUUUGACGAGAGCCGCCCCCCACCCCCCUAGGAGGUUGAGCCCAUCCCUGAGAGUCGUCCUGUAGAUGAGGAGCCCAAGGAGCCGGUGGACCCAUCGCUGCGGGCUAGAGAGAACUGGCUACGAAUCAUCAACAGGGUCCAACAGCAGCUUCAGGAGGCACGAGGAGAGACAUCCAAUUCUUUGUGGUUUGGUAAAGGAGGGGUGGGAGAGGUUCUGUACAGCAUCGACAGCAUGCCUGAUCUGCGCAAGAAGAAAGGGCCCUGCCUGGUCAAAGACCUGUUACAGGCCAUGUCUAUGGCCUCUCAGAACGCUCGGAAGGCUGGGAUCACCACAGCGAUGGCCUGCAGCACCCUCGGCAACGAGGACCUGAAAAGUCACGUUUAUAAGAAGACCCUACAGGCUCUGAUCUACCCCAUCUCCUGCACCACGCCCCAUAACUUUGAGGUGUGGACGGCCACCACGCCCACCUACUGCUAUGAGUGUGAGGGGCUGCUGUGGGGCAUCGCCCGCCAGGGCAUGAGGUGCUCCGAGUGUGGGGUCAAAUGUCACGACAAGUGUCAGGACCUGCUAAAUGCCGACUGCCUGCAGAGGGCAGCGGAGAAGAGUUCUAAGCACGGGGCGGAGGACAGAACCCAGAACAUCAUCAUGGUUCUAAAGGACAGGAUGAAGAUCAGAGAGAGGAACAAACCGGAAAUCUUCGAGCUCAUCCAGGAAGUGUUUACCGUCGUCAAGGCUACGCACGCCACGCAGAUGAAGCAGAUCAAACAGAGCGUGCUUGAUGGGACGUCCAAGUGGUCGGCCAUGAUCAGCAUGACUGUGCAGUGUGCACAGGGCCUCCAGGCCAAGGACAAGACUGGUUCCAGUGACCCCUACGUCACAGUUCAGGUGGGCAAGACCAAGAAGAGGACCAAGACUAUAUACGGCAACCUCAACCCUGUCUGGGAGGAGAACUUCCACUUUGAAUGCCACAACUCGUCGGACCGCAUUAAGGUACGCGUGUGGGAUGAGGACGAUGACAUCAAGUCCAGGGUGAAGCAGAAGUUCAAACGGGAGUCAGAUGACUUCCUGGGUCAGACAAUCAUCGAGGUCCGCACGCUCAGCGGAGAGAUGGACGUCUGGUACAACCUGGACAAGAGAACAGACAAGUCAGCUGUGUCAGGAGCCAUCCGGAUGCACAUCAGUGUAGAGAUCAAAGGAGAGGAGACUGUGGCUCCCUACCAUGUCCAGUACACCUGUCUACAUGAGCACCUGUUCCAGUACACUACAGAGGUGCAGAACAGUGGUGUGGUGAAGAUCCCUGAUGCUAAAGGAGACGACGCAUGGAAGGUGUACUUCGAGGAGACUCCCCAGGAGAUCGUGGAUGAGUUCGCCAUGCGUUACGGAGUGGAGUCCAUCUACCAGGCUAUGACCCACUUUGCCUGCCUGUCGUCUAAGUACAUGUGCCCGGGCGUGCCCGCGGUGAUGAGUACCCUGCUGGCCAACAUCAAUGCUUACUACGCCCACACCACCCAGUCCACCAAUAACGUCUCGGCAUCAGACCGCUUCGCCGCAUCCAACUUUGGAAAGGACAGGUUUGUGAAACUCCUAGAUCAGCUCCACAACUCCCUGAGGAUUGACCUAUCCAUGUACCGGAAUAACUUCCCAGCCAGUAGCCCUGAGAGGCUGCAGGACCUCAAGUCCACUGUGGACCUACUGACCAGCAUCACCUUCUUCAGGAUGAAGGUCCAGGAGCUGCAGAGCCCCCCCAGGGCCAGUCAGGUGGUGAAGGACUGUGUCAAAGCCUGUCUCAACUCCACCUACGAAUACAUCUUCAACAACUGUCACGAACUCUACAGCAGAGAGUACCAGACAGACCCUGCUAAGGCUGACGUUCCAGAAGAGCAGGGUCCCAGUAUCAAGAACUUGGACUUCUGGUCCAAACUUAUCACACUCAUCGUCUCCAUCAUAGAGGAAGACAAGAACUCCUACACACCCUGUCUCAACCAGUUUCCUCAGGAACUGAAUGUGGGCGUGAUCAGUGCAGAGGUCAUGUGGAACAUGUUUGCUCAAGACAUGAGAUAUGCCAUGGAGGAGCAUGAGAAGAACCGGCUGUGUAAGAGUGCUGAUUACAUGAACCUGCACUUCAAGGUGAAGUGGCUCUACAACGAAUACUGCAAAGAGCUGCCCACCUUCCAGAAACGUGUACCUGAGUACCCAGCGUGGUUCGAGCCGUUUGUCAUCCAGUGGUUGGACGAGAACGAGGAAGUGUCCAGAGACUUCCUGCACGGUGCCCUAGUGAGGGACACAAAGGACGGGUUCCAGGUAACGUCAGAGCAUGCUUUGUUCUCCUGUUCGGUGGUGGAUGUGUUCUCUCAGCUCAACCAGAGCUUUGAGAUCAUACGCAAGUUAGAGUGUCCUGACCCCCAGAUCGUAGGCAACUACAUGAAGAGAUUCGCCAAGACCAUCGGCAACGUUCUCCUGUCCUAUGCUGAGAUCAUUUCCAAAGAGUUCCCUAAACAAUGUGGGAACAAAGAGAAAGAGAAAGUGCCCUGCAUCAUCAUGAAUAACAUCCAACAGCUGAGAGUGCAGCUGGAGAAGAUGUUUGAGGCCAUGGGAGGCAAAAACCUGAACGUGGAGGCGAGUGACUUCCUGAAGGACCUGCAAUUAAAGCUCAACAACGUCAUGGACGACCUUAGUAGGAUCUUCGCUGUCAGUUUUCAGCCCCAGAUUGAGGAAAAUGUAAAGCAGAUGGGGGAUAUCUUGGGCCAGGUGAAGGGACAGACUGUUACAGACAACAACAGCGUGGCCGGGGACGCAGACAAUGUCCUGCAGCCCAUCAUGGACUUCCUCGACACCAAUCUGUCGCUGUUUGCUAAGAUCUGUGAGAAGACUGUGCUGAAGAGAGUGCUGAAGGAACUGUGGAAGCUGGUCAUUAACACUAUGGAGAAAAGCAUUGUGCUUCCACCGUUCACAGACCAGUCGGGCACUCAGAUGAUCUUUAAUGCCGCUAAGGAGUUGGGUCAGCUUUCCAAGCUCAAGGAGCACAUUGUGAGAGAGGAGGCCAAGGCUCUCUCCCCUAAACAGUGUGCCAUCAUAGAGCUGGCAUUGGACACCAUUAAGCAAUACUUCCAUGCGGGCGGUGUGGGUCUGAAGAAGACCUUCCUGGAGAAGAGUCCUGACCUGAAGUCUCUGCACUACGCCCUGUCCCUCUACACACAACACACUGACAAGCUCAUCAGGAAGUUUGUCCUUUCACAAAACGCUCAGGUCCAUGGAGGGAAGGGGGUCAGGUAUACCCUCAAUGAAGACACAUUACCAGAAAAGGGGUCGGGAGUGGAGGAGCCAAUCGGAGAGGUGGUAAUGCACGUGGAGAUCUUCACCCAUCCCAACACUGGAGAACACAAGAUCACUGUGAGAGUGAUUGCUGCUAAUGACAUUAAGUGGCAGACCCAGGGGAUAUUCCGUCCCUUCGUGGAGGUCUACAUCAUUGGUCCCCACCUCACUGACAAGAAGAGGAAGCACGCCACCAAGUCCAAGAACAACAGCUGGUCGCCCAAGUUCAACGAGACCUUCCAGUAUUCCCUGGGCAGUGAGUUGGGUCCGGAGGGCUAUGAGCUGCAGGUGUGUGUGAAGGACUACUGCUUCGCCAGGGAGGACCGUACGGUGGGCAUGGCCCUGAUGCAGUUGAAGGACAUGUCCUCCCGGGGCAGCAUGACGUGCUGGCUUCCCCUGGGGAAGAGGGUCCACAUGGACGAGACGGGCCUGACGGUACUGAGGAUCCUUUCCCAACGCAACAACGACGACGUGGCCAAAGAGUUUGUCAAGCUCAAGUCAGACCAGCGCUCUGCCGAGGAGGGACGGGCGAGCUGAGAGGGAGAGUAGAGAUGGGCCUAGUGAUCAAGAUACUGAUUUACACACACACACACACACACACACACACACACACACACACACACACACACACACACACACACACACACACACACACACACACACACACACACACACACACACACACACACACACACACAGUUACUAAUACAAUACUGGCAUGUUUAUGUCAUAUAAACACGGUCAUGAACACACUAAUAAUCUCUAAUCACAUAAUGAUUAUCACAUGUACACAAACACAGAGGUGGCCAACAGUUCCUUCUGCCAUAGAUGUAUUUUGAACACCUAUCAAUGAACCAAUCAAUGUAUCAAUCCAUUUCUACUGCUCUCUCUCUCAUUAUCUCUCUUCCACUCUUGCAUAUUACACAUUUUAUAUAUGUUUAAUGCAGAAAUGUGAGAAACAAAUAUGACCUGAUGAGUUAUGGUGGAGUUAUAGAGACAGAUGACUUUGCACUUUGACCUCUCGGCAUGUUCAGGAGAGCAGCCCUAAAGCCCGACUCUUACUUCUCCAUCUGUUCCUGUUAGUCUGUCUGUGGGUUUCUCAGUGUGUCGCUCUCUUUCCUUUUCUCUAUGUUGUGCUCAGUCUUCCUGUCGUGUGAUGUGCUCUGGGUAGAAGUAGACCUCAGUGACAGAUCUAGGAUCAGCUUACACAGUUGUCCUGGCUUUGCCUGUUGGGGAGGGGGAAAUGUAACAUUGAUCUUAGAUCAGCGUCUGAGUGCAGCUUCAUCCUACCUCGUGUGAUGUACUUCCUGCAUGUUGAACCCAAUUCUCAGAACACUGUGAUUAAUUAGCUGAUACCACGGCAACAGCUGUACAGACCCCGCCCCCCACGGACACGUGACAUCUUCUACCUGUGUGCACGGUGCAUAUAACCUGGUAUAAUAAGGGUUAACAUAAUAAUAACCUUUGUAACCAUAACCAUGAAGAAAAGUACUAUCCAGUAAAAAAAGAAGGGAGAAAAGAAGAAUGUGCCGACGUUUGAUAUGAAUAUGUAUUUUGGAUGAUUGUAAGACACGCCAGUCUUUCACAUGGGUUGAGGUUAGCCUAGGUUUGGAUCAGACUUGUUGGAUGUUAGCGUGUUUGGAACACACCAUAUGGCCAUGUUGUAUAUAGACACUGAGAUGGUGCCGCAGACCCAAACAUGUAUCUUUUGAAGAUGGUCUGCUUUUUUUACAUACUCACUUCCCCUAGCAAAGACCCUGGCCUGACAUUACUAUAAAGGAGUAAUACUAGCCAAUAGAUGGUUGAUUCAACCCCUCAUAAACCCCCUUCUAUGUUCCCUUGAAAGUGCACAAAUACUGCAAAGGGCUACAGGACCAGCAGACAUAGACAUUACUGAAGGGACACACUGCCUGGUCACUCCACCCGCCUGCGUUUGUGAGAAUAUAAUAAAUGUGUUUUCUGUGCUAUGGGCCAUAAGAUUAAACUAACCCAUAGGCCACUAUAUACAGUGAGCUCCAAAAGUAUUGGGACAGUGACACAUGUUGUGUUGUUUUGUCUCUGUACUCCAGCACUUUGGAUUUGAAAUGAUACAAUGACUAUGAGGUUAAACUACUGUCAGCUUUAAUUUGAGUGUAUUUUUCAUUUCAAACUUUUUGUUCAUAGUCCCCCCAUUUUAAGGGACCAAAAGUAUUGGAACAAAUUCACUUAUAUGUGUAUUAAAGUAGUUAAAAGUGUAGUAUUUGGUCCCAUAUUCCUAGCACGCAAUGAAUACAUCAAGCUUGGGACUCUACAAACUUCUUGAAUUCAUUUGCAUGUUUGUUUUGGUUGUGUUUCAGAUUGCUAAAUGCUAACAUCCCGUGCUAUUGUAAAGGUGAGAGGUUAGCAUGUCUUGGGGGUAUGCUAACAUCCCGUGCUAUUGUAAAGGUGAGAGGUUAGCAUGUCUUGGGGGUAUGCUAACAUCCCGUGCUAUUGUAAAGGUGAGAGGUUAGCAUGUCUUGGGGGUAUGCUAACAUCCCGUGCUAUUGUAAAGGUGAGAGGUUAGCAUGUCUUGGGGGUAUGAUAUUUGUGUGUCUAACUUUCUCACUCAUCAUUAUUCACAAUUAAUUCAGGAUUAGCCAUAGCACCUAUAUUCAUGUAGAAGUGUUUAGAAACAUAUUAUAUUCUUAUUUACAAUAAAAGUGACUCUAAAAUGAAACAAUACAUUAUUUACCAUUAAUUUCUAUUGGGCACAAAAUAAUCUGAAACACAACCAAAACAAACAGCAAAUGGAUCCAACAAGUUUGUAGAGUCACAAGCUUAAUGUAGACUUUGGGACCUAGGAAUAUGGGACCAAAUACUACACUUUUGACUACUCUAAUACAUGUGAAAGUGAAUUUGCCCAAUACUUUUUGUAAUUUCUAAAUGGUUCACCUGAUAUGGAUGACAAUACCUUAAAAGUAAAGCUGACAGUCUGCACUUUAACCUCAUAGUCAUUGUAUCAUUUAAAAUCCAAAGUGCUGGAGUACAGAGCCAAAACAACAAAAUGUGUCACUGUCCCAAUACUUUUGGAGCUCACUGUGUACCAUAACGUCACAAGAGAGCAACUGCAUGGUUUCUCUGACUGCCUUUUCAAUCAUCUGAUUCUGUGUUUUUAAGGCAAUACCUAUUUGUUCUGUUUUGACAAUUUGGCCCUGCAUUUUUCCGAGGAUAAGCUUUAGCCCGUUUUGGAGUAUGGCUGUGUGUGUUCUGUCUGUGUCCGUCUUUUCUGUCCUACCUGAUUUCUGGGCUCAGUGUUUAUUUGUGGUAUGUAGAGGCAAGCAAUAUAACCCCAACGUAAUCACUGGAAACCUGUGGCAUGCCCAGGAAUUCCAACUGCAAUACCAUGAUCCAAGGAGUGGAACACCAAUCCCACAUUUUCAUUGGACCACUGAGUGGGAAAUUCCCUGUUAUAAUGGACUCAUCUCAAUUUCCUUCUCAUAGGACAUGUGUGUUUUUCUUGGCAUACUGGGAAACACUUUGGGAAUACUGUACAUUGGAGAGAAUUUUGGCUUACAUUAAGACCUCUCCUAUCUGCUGUUCAGUCAGCUCCUGGUCCGACUUUUCCAGAGGAUGACUUUGCAGAGAUUGUGAUGAAUGGACCAACUCAAAUGGACCAGCUAGUGUUUUUCAAAGACUUGUGUUGGCUAGUAGAAUUGUCAACGCCCAAGCCAUCAUAGUAGUUUAAUAAUACCACAUCAAGCCAUCGUAGUAGUUUAAUAAUACCACAUCAAGCCAUCGUUGUAGUUUAAUAAUACCACAUCAAGCCAUCGUAGUAGUUUAAUAAUACCACAUCAAGCCAUCGUAGUAGUUUAAUAAUACCACAUCAAGCCAUCGUAGUAGUUUAAUAAUACCACAUCAAGCCAUCGUUGUAGUUUAAUAAUACCACAUCAAGCCAUCGUAUUAGUUUAAUAAUACCACAUCAAGCCAUCGUAGUAGUUUAAUAAUACCACAUCAAGCCAUCGUAGUAGUUUAAUAAUACCACAUCAAGCCAUCGUAGUAGUUUAAUAAUACCACAUCAAGCCAUCGUUGUAGUUUAAUAAUACCACAUCAAGCCAUCGUUGUAGUUUAAUAAUACCACAUCAAGCCAUCGUAGUAGUUUAAUAAUACCACAUCAAGCCAUCGUAGUAGUUUAAUAAUACCACAUCAAGCCAUCGUUGUAGUUUAAUAAUACCACAUCAAGCCAUCGUAGUAGUUUAAUAAUACCACAUCAAGCCAUCGUAGUAGUUUAAUAAUACCACAUCAAGCCAUCGUUGUAGUUUAAUAAUACCACAUCAAGCCAUCGUAGUAGUUUAAUAAUACCACAUCAAGCCAUCGUAGUAGUUUAAUAAUACCACAUCAAGCCAUCGUUGUAGUUUAAUAAUACCACAUCAAGCCAUCGUUGUAGUUUAAUAAUACCACAUCAAGCCAUCGUAGUAGUUUAAUAAUACCACAUCAAGCCAUCGUAGUAGUUUAAUAAUACCACAUCAAGCCAUCGUAGUAGUUUAAUAAUACCACAUCAAGCCAUCGUAGUAGUUUAAUAAUACCACAUCAAGCCAUCGUAGUAGUUUAAUAAUACCACAUCAAGCCAUCGUAGUAGUUUAAUAAUACCACAUCAAGCCAUCGUUGUAGUUUAAUAAUACCACAUCAAGCCAUCGUAUUAGUUUAAUAAUACCACAUCAAGCCAUCGUAGUAGUUUAAUAAUACCACAUCAAGCCAUCGUUGUAGUUUAAUAAUACCACAUCAAGCCAUCGUAGUAGUUUAAUAAUACCACAUCAAGCCAUCGUUGUAGUUUAAUAAUACCACAUCAAGCCAUCGUAGUAGUUUAAUAAUACCACAUCAAGCCAUCGUUGUAGUUUAAUAAUACCACACAUCAAGCCAUCGUUGUAGUUUAAUAAUACCACAUCAAGCCAUCGUUGUAGUUUAAUAAUACCACAUCAAGCCAUCGUUGUAGUUUAAUAAUACGACAUCUAUAUAUCAACCACCCACUCAAAGACUUAUCUUACUGUAAAAAAAAAUCUGUCGACGUGCCCGUGAGCAAGGCACUUAACCCUAAUUUGCUCCAGGGGCGCCCUACCCAACCCUUCCCGUUUUCAACUAUGGCUGACUGUAAAACAACACAUUUCACUGGAUCUCUCCAGUGUGUCACAAUAUAGUUUUUAUUACUUUUCUUUUUUACAAUGGAAAUGCCAUGUGGGUGUUGGCACAAAAUGCUUGUAUUGUGAUGUUUGUGCUUGUUGUACAUGAGUUUGAAUCAACUCUAGAACUUCUGCUGCUAUUUUCACAGCUAGAGAGCAACAUGGACUGUCAUGUUGCAUUGUGGAGGAGAGCUAAUACAUUGCUGUUCUGUUUUUGUUUUUAUCUUCUGAGCUUCUGUUUAACCAAAGGCAAGGCAUCUGAAUGUCAUUUCACAUCACAUGAUCAUGACAGCUGACCGUACAUGUAUCACUUAAUUUAACUCCAAGAACCUGCUGUUUCUUACCACUCAUAGAAAGACUGCACACACACGCACAUAUACACACACUAACAUAUGCACAAGCACAAAAGGGCACACGUGAGAUGACAUGCAUGCACGCCACCACAUCUCCAUGGAGACCAAGUGAUGCCCACCCUGUGAAUAAAAACAAACACCAGUGCAUGAAGGGAAAAUGAACUUUAUCGUGCCAGCACGCGUCUCUUUGAUGUUACCAAUAAUGGGAUUUUUUUUCUCUUUUCAUUUAAAUACCUAUGUAAUGAUAAUGAAUUCUAACAUUUUAUUUUUUAAGAGGCUUGUGAAUACAUACAAAUAUUUAACCAAUAUGAAUGUAGCGUGUACACGGAAUUUGCAUGAGAGAAUUAUUUUCUACUGAGGAUGUUUCUAAUUUGUUUAUUAUCAUUAUGAUUGAUUGUUCUUUAUCUAGAAUGAAGGUGGGUUAGAAUGCAGCCUGGUUGUGAACUGCUUCCUAUUAAAAGGCCAUUUGUGUCAGA